CUCGUUUGCGCACAAUCUACAUUUUUUACCUAGAUAUCGAUGACUCGUUUGCGCACAACGAAAUCAGUCGUUUACCUGUAACGGACGACUCGUUUGCGCACAACAUAAACACUGAGUAACAUAUAUUUUAUAUUUUUAAAUUUGAACUUACCUAAAGUAAUUGAAUUAUCGGUAAAAAUUAUCAGUACCUACAAAUUACCAGCAUAUCAAUAAUCAAUAUAUAUCGAUUUAAAAUAAUCGUCGUGUAUUAGGAAAGCAUAAUACUUUUAAACAGUCGUUCGCCAGAAAGCUGUACUAUAACAACUGACUAUGUUGACUAUGGAUAUCGAAAUUUGUGAUGUUUUUGAAACGCGUCGAGGAAAAAAAUGUUUAAACAUAGAAAAUUAUAAAUUUAGAGAAUUCCGAACUUUAAAAUCUGGUGAUAAAAAUUUUAGGUGUACAAAUAAAAAUUGUUCCGUAAGUGCUGUAGUUAGGUUAGUUAAUGAAUCAUAUAAAAUUUUAAAAAUUACAAACACGCAUACCCAUGACGAGUACGACGANACCGAACAAUUCAUCGAGAAGUAGUAAGAAGCAAUUUGAAACGUAGAGCCGAAGAGGAUUUACAUAUUAAACCAAAUAAACUAAUACGCCGGGAAUUGAAAAACAACGAAAAAUCUGAACAUCUUCAAUAUAGCGAUAUGAAAUUAAUUCGAAGAUCCAUGUAUGAAAAACGAAAAAAAUCCUUUCCAAACAUACCGAGAUCUUUAGAAGAUGCUAAAAAACAAUUAGUUGAUGAUCAGCAUAAUAUUACUUACAAAGGUAAUAAAUUUUGUUUCGUUAGUGAUGAUGAAAAUAUAUUUAUAUUUACAUGUAAACAAAAUUUGGAAUUGCUACAAAGUGCAGAACACGUUUUUGGGGAUGGGACAUUUUCAUUCGCUCCGAAAUAUUUUGUUCAACUUUAUACUAUUCACGUAUUUACAAACAAUUUUUAUGUUCCUGUGGCAUUUUGUUUUUUAAGUAACAAACAUACUGAUACUUACAUCAGUAUGUGGAAAACAUUACAAAAUAUAUGUAUUCAAAUUACUGGUAAUAUAAUAAAUUUAAGCAAUUUUCAUGUCGACUUUGAAAAAUCUGCGCAUAAUGCAGUAUUGCAAAUUUUCCCUAAAUGCAAAAUCAUGUGUUGUAACUUUCAUUUAGGGCAAAAUUGGUUUAGGCAUAUUCAACAACAUAAAUUAUUAUCGAGCGAGUACUUAAACAACGACUCAGAAGUUGGAAAAUGGAUGAAAUGUUUUUUUGGAUUAAGUUAUUUACCCCCUGACGAAGUUUCCGAUGGAUUUUGUGAUCUUAUGUCAAUAGCACCAAGUACUACGUCUAAUAUUUCUAUAUUUUCCGAUUAUAUUUUAGAAAAUUACAUAACAUCGGACAGCAAUUUCCCUCCAACAUUAUGGGCUUGUGAACCUACUAAUAAUCCUAAGACUACUAAUGGUGCCGAGAGUUAUCACAAACAAUAUAAUAGUCAGUUUUACACUGCUCAUCCGCACAUACAUCAAGUAAUCGACGUCAUUAUUGGAAUUCAAAGUGACACUGAUUUAAAAAUUAAUUCGAUAAACAAUAAAAUCAUAAAUUUCAAAAGAAAAGAGACAAUUAAUAAGGAGAUACAAUUGGAAAACAUUUGGAAUGAAUAUAAAAAUAAUAUUAUUAAUCGUUUAACUUAUAUGAAGAAAAUCGGACUUAAAUGUCACCAUUCUAAAUUAGUAUAAUUUUAUAACUAAUAGACUACUAUUAUUACUUAUUAAACCUACAAUGCAUGUUUUUUAAUAUAUUUUAAUUUUUGUAAUAUUAAAAUCAUUAUUUAAACCUAAAAUAUGUGUGCGCAAACGAGUUGUGAUUUUGUGCGCAAACGUGUUGUAAAAAAGGUAAAUGUGCGCAAACGAGUCGCACCCAUA